CAAUUUCUUAACACGAAAGGAAAAAAAAAACUAAAAUUAAAAUCCAGGUGGUAGCACCAGAAUAUUCCACAGUUUUCUUAACCGCCAAUAAUACGAUACGAGACGCUUCUUCAUCUUUCUCCAACGCAAACAAACAAAGCACAAAUACGCACAGAUAACACCGUUAAUUUCUUAAACGAAACCCUAAUUCCUUGCGUAUUGCCACAGUCGAAUCGCUAAAAUAUGUGGAAUCAUCCGUACCGGAAGAAUGACGUGGAGGCGGGAGCGAGGCCGCUGUAUCCGAUGAUGCUAGAGAGCCCGGAGUUACGGUGGUCUUUCAUAAGGAAAGUUUAUGCGAUAUUAUGCAUUCAAUUACUGGCGACGAUUGCUGUUGCUUCCGUCGUCGUUUCUGUGCCUCCUAUUGCUACUUUCUUUGUUUCCACCGGCGCCGGAUUGGCUCUUUACAUUGUCCUCAUUAUCAUGCCUUUUAUAGUUAUGUGCCCGCUGUAUUAUUAUCAUCAGAAGCAUCCGGUGAAUUACCUUCUUCUUGGAGUUUUUACCAUCUGUCUGGCGUUUGCUAUUGGAUUAACUUGCGCCUUUACCAGCGGGAAAGUUAUUCUGGAAGCAGUGAUUUUAACAACUGUAGUGGUCUUGAGUCUUACUCUAUACACAUUCUGGGCUGCAAGGAGAGGCUAUGAUUUCAAUUUCCUUGGCCCCUUUUUAUUUGGUGCCAUGAUGGUUCUUCUGGUGUUUGCUCUCAUACAGAUUCUCUUUCCAAUGGGCAAACUCUCUGUGAUGAUCUACGGGUGUUUGGCUUCAAUCAUAUUCUGUGGGUACAUCAUAUAUGAUACAGACAACCUAAUCAAGCGCUACUCCUAUGAUGAAUACAUCUGGGCCGCAGUCUCUCUCUAUUUGGACGUCAUUAAUCUCUUCCUCGCAUUGCUUACUGUCUUUAGGGCUGCUGAUAGUUGAGAAAUUGUUGAACUUCUCUGUAUAUGCAAUUCUGUUUUCAGAUCAAAAUAGAUUUCAUCAAUAUGUAAAUGUUAUGGAGUUCUUUUCCGUCUCCUUUAUUUUUCCCCUCUUUUCUGAUCCUUCCUUUUCUCCGGGCUCAGGACAAAUGCCAAAAUUUGAGAAAUUCUGUAAAUGCUGAUGAAUCUAAUAUGAAUAAACUUCACAA